AUGGGGGUGGGGGGAGCUGACCCAUCUGAGAAUAAGAAGGAGAGUUCUGAAAUGGGAGGAGUUUGGGGUAAAAAAGCUGUGAAGAAACUGGAGGGGAAAAUUCAAAUAAACACCACAGGAUUUAUACUUUUAGACUUCAGAAGCCUCCAAGAUAUACAGAUUCUUCUCUUUCUGUUCUUUCUUAUGAUUUACAUUUUGACUAUGGCUGGGAAUCUUCUCAUUGUUGUCCUAGUUGUGACUGAUCACCAGUUGCAUACCCCCAUGUACUUUUUCCUUGGACAUCUAUCUUUUUUGGAAAUCUGCUACAGCUCCAACAUCAUCCCAAGAAUGUUAGUCAGUUUUUUAACUGACAAUCAUCACAUUUCAGUAAAUGCUUGUAUUCUACAAUUAUGGAUCUUUGGUUUCCUCAUAGUUGCAGAAUGUUACCUUCUGACAGUAAUGUCUUACGAUCGUUACGUGGCAAUUUGCCGACCCCUACAUUACACAUUUUUCAUGAAUACUAAAUUUUGCCUCCAGCUAGUGGCUGGAUCUUUCUUCAGCAGUUUUAUAAUGAACAUGAUCAUGUUAACAUUUAUAUUGCAGUUAACCUUCUGUGAACACAGUGUGAUUGAUCAUUUCUUUUGUGAUUUCAUUCCAAUUGUAAAUAUUGCCUGUAGCAAUGUAUAUCUGAUAAAAAUUCUCUCAUUUAUCCUGACCUCCAUAUGUACCCUGCCACCGUUCAGUAUAACCAUAGUAUCAUAUGCAUUCAUUAUUCAUGCCAUUUUGGGAAUCUCAUCCACCAGAGGGAGGCAAAAGGCUUUUUCUACCUGUUCUUCUCACCUCAUUGUAGUGACCAUUUUUUAUGGAACCAUCACUAUUGUGUAUCUUUUGUCAGGUACCUUGGAACUACAAGAGCUGAACAAAGUCUUCUCUGUCUUUUACACCAUCCUAACACCUCUGGUCAAUCCCCUCAUAUACAGUUUGAGAAACAAAGAGGUAAAGGAAGUCUUGAAGAAAGCAGUUGUCAAAUAUGGAAAGAGCAGAAAUAUUCAAUGA